GGGCGGGGUUUGUAAUAAACCUUGUGCUUGGGAAUGUUUGUCCGCAUUCUCAAACUGAGUUUACGCUGCUUGGACGUGAGCAUAUCGGUGAUCAGUCGCGGUCCUCAGCAAGUUCUUGCUCCGGAGAACGCCAGGCAUUAUCCUGCAGCAGGACUGUAACGACACAAUGAUGAACAGGAACGGAAUGGUCACAAAGAUUCGCACGCGCAUAAGGACCGACCCCUUCAAGAACAGCUAUGACCUGGUCGGCAAAGAGCUUGGCAGGGGCAAGUUUGCAGUAGUGAAGAAGUGUGUGGAGAAGACUACUGGCAAGGAGCAUGCUGCGAAGUUCCUGCGGAAAAGGCGGAAGGGUCAGGACUGCCGCAGCGACAUUCUGAACGAGAUCGCGGUGCUGGAGUCAGCUGAGGCGAAUCCCUAUGUGGUGGCGCUGCACGAGGUCUACGAGACCACCUCAGAGAUCAUCCUCGUAUUAGAGUGUGCUGCCGGGGGUGAAAUUUUUAACCAGUGUGUUGCCGAUAAUGACGAGGCCUUCACAGAGAAAGACGUCAUUCGAUUGGCCAGGCAGAUUCUGAUGGGCGUGACCUGUCUCCAUCAAAACAACGUAGUUCAUUUGGACCUUAAGCCUCAGAACAUCCUGUUGACGAGUGCUCAGCCGCUGGGUGACAUCCGUAUCGUCGACUUUGGCUUGUCUCGGCGGGUGGACAAUGUGUCAGAGGUACGGGAGAUCCUGGGCACUCCCGAGUAUGUGGCUCCUGAGGUCCUGGACUAUGAGCCCAUCAGCACAGCUACUGACAUGUGGAGCAUUGGGGUACUGAUUUACGUGAUGCUCACAGGCGAGUCGCCUUUUCUGGGAGAAGAAAAGCAGGAGACCUUUCUGAAUGUGUCCCAGGUCAAUGUUGACUACUCUCAGGACGUCUUUCAGGGCAUCUCUGACCUCGCUGUGGAUUUCAUCCAGUCACUGCUCAUCAAAAACCCUAGAAAACGAGCAACAGUGGAGCAGUGUUUAAAUCAUCCCUGGUUAAGGCUCGACUCUCUUCACCACGCUGUGGAAGCUCCUCUAGAUGAGCAAGAAAACAGCCAAUCAGAAUCCGAGCCUGAAAGUCCCGUCCCUUCCCCAGAACUUGUCGUCCUCCCUUUAUAUCCCACCUGCCCAGGCCAGGGGGAGCUGAAGACAGGACGGGACACUUUCAGUUUCACAGAACCGUUCCCACCUCGUCCCGAAAUACAACAAGAGCUCAUGUGUUGAGGCAACAGACUUUAUUGCCCAAACCGAGGGCCUCUGUGUUAAAGACCGAAAGACUCAACCUGUCAGACUCUUGUGGCAUAGUUUGGACUGGACAGCGGCGGUCUACUCGGGUGUUUGCAGCACCGUUUGUUUGUGCGUGUGUUGUCUUGUGUGGGAUACAGAGCCGUCCGGGGCUGUGAAUGCGAGUUGACCUCUCUUCUGACCACAGAGGUGUGCGUGCGUGUCUACAACGGAUCUGAAUGAGAUUUUUAAGCCCCUUAAUAAAGCAUUCUUAAGCUCUUGG